AUGCGUUCGAGGCUUUUUGCGGAAAAGAAUAUUGAUUAUCGUCGCGCGGUGGAGUUAGCGUUGGCGCUGGAGGCGGCGGAGCGGCAUGCGACCACGGCAUGCGCUACGGUCGCUCCGGGCGCGCGCGCACUCUCGGACGGCGCGUUCAACGACGACGGCCUACACCGGGUGGGCCCCGUGCGCGGCUCGCAGGUGGCGGGCGGCGGCAGCGGCAACGGCGUGGCGGGCCGUCGGGCCUGUGCGCGCUGCGGCAAGGGUCAUCCGGGGAGGUGUCGCUAUCGAUAUCAUUCAUGUGAUUUGUGCGGCCAAAAAGGCCAUUUAAAGGCAAUGUGUGAAAUGCAAAAAAGAAGUGAAGUGAGUGCGAGAGUAAAACAAAAUAGAGGUCAGAUUUAUUUUAAUAAUUCCAGUUCCGAAAGCGAGAAUGAUUGUCACUUUUAUAAUAUAAUUAGCGGUGGAGAUGAGGGCCCCUAUUAUGCUCUUUUGAAUAUUAACAACGCAAGCCACAAAUUUGAAAUUGAUACGGGCAGCAAAAUUUCAGCCAUAUCGCAACAAUACUACAACAAAUUCUUUAGUAUUUUUCCCAUUCAAAGUAAAACUUUAAUAUUAAAGUCUUACACUGGUGAUAUUAUAGAGACGAUCGGUUACAUUUUAGUCGAUGUGGUAUGCGGUACCAAAUCUGCCAAAUUAAAGUUGCACGUUGUACCAAAUGGGGGCCCUCCUCUCAUGGGCAGAGCUUGGAUAAAAGAAUUAAAGUUAUCUGUUAUUCAAUGUCAUAAUUUGUGUAGUGAAGACUCUAUUGCUCUUAGCCUAAAAGAGGAAUAUCCCGAAGUGUUUGCGGAGGGGCUAGGCACUUUUAAAUCGCGAUUCCGUUUGCGUUUAAAAGACGACACGCCUGUGUUUGUUAAGGCGCGUGCGCUGCCGCUAGCACUUCGGGAGCCGGUUGCGCGCGAACUCGACCGCUUACAGCGGGAGGGUGUUAUUUACAAAGUAGACAGAUCUGACUACGGGACACCUAUAGUCCCGGUUGUCAAAUCAAAUGGUUCGAUUCGUAUUUGUGGUGAUUAUAAAAUCACUUUAAAUCCGCGUCUUAAAGAUUUUCAUUACCCGCUGCCUCGGAUCGAGGACCUAUUCGCCGCACUGGGUGGAGGUGAGCAGUACACUAAGCUCGAUCUGUCUAAUGCUUUUCAGCAGUGUGUUCUAGAAGACGAAUCACAACCGAUGACGGCAAUCACGACUCACAUGGGCACUUUUGUUUAUAGGCGCGUUCCUUUUGGCAUCAAAUGUAUACCUGAAAAUUUUCAGAAAAUUAUGGAAGAAACGUUGAGCGGAUUGCCCUCAACGGCAGUAUUUGCUGACGAUAUUUGUGUAACGGGUAAAGAUAAAAGCACACAUUUAAGUAAUUUAAAGGCGGUGUUACAACGACUGAAAGAAAAUGGUUUAAGAAUAAAUUGGUCUAAAUGUAAAUUUUUUAAAGACAGCGUUACUUAUUUGGGCUAUAAAAUAGAUAAAUUCGGUUUGCAUACAGACGAUAAAAAAAUUGAAGCUAUUGUUGCAGCACCGCCUCCAACUAAUGUAUCACAAUUAAAAAGCUUCAUGGGCUUAGUUAACUUUUAUGCAAAGUUUUGUAAAAAUAUGAGUGAUAUUUUAAAUCCGAUGUAUAACCUUUUAAAAAAAAAUGUAAAGUGGAAUUGGGAUGAAAAGUUUAUGAACGCCUUUAUUAAGAUAAAAAAGGUAUUGAGUAGUUCCCCGGUGCUGGCGCAUUACGACCCGAACCUGCCGCUCAUACUGGCGGUCGACAGUAGCCCGUACGGCUUGGGCGCAGUGCUGCUGCAGCGCGGCGCGGACGGCGCCGAGCGGCCGGUGUGCUGCGCGUCCCGCACGCUCGCGCCCGCGGAGCGCAACUAUGCGCAAAUAGAUAAGGAAGCGCUCGCCAUUGUGUUCGGUGUGACGAAACACCACCAGUACCUAUACGGGCGGCAUUUCAUUUUGCGCAGCGAUCACCGCGCUCUGAGUUACAUAUUUGGGAAGAAUCGGGGCAUCCCGUUGACUGCGGCGAGUCGCUUACAGAGAUACGCGGUCAAAUUAUGUGCGUACGAUUUCGAAAUUGAGUUCGUUAGGUCUAUUGAAAACUGCCAGGCCGAUGCGCUCUCUCGACUCCCCUUGAGCUCGACUAGCGGUCGAGUCAAGAGCGAGACGGAAAGAUGUAGCUAUCUUAAUUUUAUUCAAGAAAAUUUUCCUGUCAGUUUUAAAGAAAUCAAGACUGAGAUCGCGAAAGAUCCUUUAUUAAGUAGAAUCUACGGCUACGUAAUGUUCGGUUGGCCGACUAAAGUUACAUCUGAAUUGGAAAAACCUUAUUUUAAUAGAAAAGAUAAUUUAUAUAUCGAUCAAGGUUGUUUAAUUUGGGGGUAUAGAAUGAUAAUUCCUAAAAAGUUACGCCAGAUGGUACUAAAAGAGAUACACGACGGACAUCCCGGUAUAGUUAAAAUGAAACAAAUCGCUCGUAACUAUGUGUACUGGGACGGCUUAGACGCCGACAUUGAGCGCGUGUCGGCGCAGUGCACGGCGUGCGUGUCGCAGCGCCCCGCGCCGCCCGCCGCGCCGCUGCACUCGUGGCCCUGGCCCGCCGAGCCGUGGUCGCGUUUGAAUAUCGACUUCUUGGGACCGUUCAAUAACACGUAUUACUUAGUUAUCGUAGAUGCUCAUUCCAAAUGGAUCGAGGUCGAAAAGUUGCAGACCAUAUCCGCAGCAGUCGUUAUAGGUCGUUUGAGGCAACUAUUCGCUAGGUUCGGGCUCCCAAAAAUUAUACAAAGUGACAAUGGCCCGCCGAUGUCGUCAGCGGAGUUCGGUUUGUAUCUUAAACAAAACGGUAUCAAACAUAACCUCAUAGCCCCAUAUCACCCUAGUAGUAACGGGGCCGCUGAAAAUUCGGUACGUACUAUAAAAAGAGUUCUUAAAAAAGCUGUUGUUGAGAAAAUGGAUGACUUAACUGCGCUCAGUAGAUUUCUUUUUACGUAUCGAAAUACGGAGCACAGCACCACGGGGCGAGAGCCCGCCGUGGCUAUGUUCGGUCGGCGGCUGCGCGGCCGCCUCGACCUACUGCGGCCCGACGCCGCCGAGCGCGUGCGCGCCGCGCAGCAGGCGGCCGAGCGCCGCACCGCGCCGCCGCACGCGUUGCGCGAGGCGCGGCCCGGCGACGCGGUGCUCAUACGGGAUUAUGCUAGAAAUAGUUCUAAAUGGGCGGAGGGUGAAGUACUAGAGCGUAAAAGUCCUGUGUCCUAUGUAGUUAAGGCUAAGGAUGGCCGGAUACAGAAACGCCAUAUCGAUCAAAUCCUAACAGACAAACGCAAGUCUCGGCAUUCGCUAGCUCUAGUGGCUCCUAUUGGUGAAGAUACUCCCAGCUCAAUGACUAAUAAGCCUGUGGAAACAGAACAAUUGGAAGUUGGUUUGGCUGAUAUUGGAGGAGGUUUAGUUUCUAAUAGUGUGGAAUGUGAAGAAACUAAACUUCCUGGGCUGGAAGAAACUGAGGAUAGCUGA